GAGGUCUCUCAGGGCCUGGGCUGACUCGUGAGGACAUCUGAGAAAGCAAAUCCACGUUAGGCAAAGCUGUGUGGGUGAAACUCCUUGAUAGGAGGCUCUGGCAAGGAAUUCAGUUUACUUUCAUUCGCUUAAGGAGAACUAAACUGAAUCAUGGUCACUUGAAUUCUGCCAGGACUGGGACAAAGUAAAUGUAAUGCGGCUUACCUUAAUCCACUUGAAAAAUCAAUUCAGAUUAAUUUUCCUGAGUGCCUUGCACAGUUUGCCUUUUAUUUUUUGCAUCCUAACUAGUUUUACUGUUCGUGGCUGAAGCCUAGCAUGACCGUAGCUUCCGUCAGUCACUGGAAGCGCUCCUGUGGUUAUGCAUGGACUUGAAACGCGAAGCUCGUACGUUGAGUAGCCAGUACUGAGAACAGGCGUGGACAGGUUCUGCUAACCAUUUCACAGAGCCACAGAACUGCUGAAGUUGGAAGGCGCCUCUGCGGGUCUCUAGUGCAUCCCCAUGCUCGGAAGAGGGUCAGCUAGAAAAGGUUGCUCAGGGCCGUGUCCAAGCCGGUUUUGGAAUAUCUCCAAGGAUGGAAACUCCACAACCUCUCUGGGCAACCUAUUCCAAUGUCUGACCACCCUCGCAGUAAAAAAAAGGGCUUUCUUAUGUUUCAAAAAGUACUAUUUUUCUUUUUCCGUGUGCCUCUUAGUAUUUGAUCGAGACACAGCUCACAGAUAUUUCCAGCUCCUGGAAGACAAUCACAAAGUGACUAACACUGCUGCCUGGGAACAGCCUUACCCGGAUCAUCCCGAAAGAUUUGAACAGUGGCAUCAAGUGCUGGCUGAUACUUUGGCCGCUGGUUUGUACUUUGGCCGCUACUGUUUUGAGGCUGAGAUCUCCAGGCCUGGCAUUUACCUUGGGAUGGCGACAAAAAGCAUUGACCAGAAGAGUUGAGAAAGCAACAGCUGCAUCUCAGGGAACGACUUCUCCUGGAGCAUUGUAUGGAACGGGAAAGGGUUCUCUGUGUGGCACAGUGAUGUGGAGACACCCCUCAAAACUGAAGUGUUUAAUAGGAUAGGAAUCUACCUGAACUAUCCCCGUGGGACCUUGAGGUUUUAUGGGGUCACCUCUGAUGACAUGACUUUGAUACACCAGUUUAGUGAGAAUUUUGCUGAGCCGCUUUAUCCUGCAUUUUGGCUUUCAAAGAAAGAAAACUCUGUCAGGAUAAUCAGGCUGGGGGAAGAUGCUGAGAAGACCCCAGCCUCUUUGCCUCCCUCUGUGGAAGCUGCUCCUUCAAAAGCAUCUGAGUCAGAAGAACUGGCCAGUACUUAGGUUACGGUGUGAUGCAAAUGCGGUUACUGCAGGUAGCUGGGAAAAAAAGGGAGACAAGUUUCAAUAAACACUCUUGUGAUCAAAUGUGGUUCUGGGCAUCUCAUAUCUUAGGGAUGGACAAGACUUGAGAGUUCAUGUCCUCGCUCAUCAGCCAGUGCGAAUUGUUCCCAGCAGUAUAUGAAUACUCUAUUUGGUAUGAGUUAAAGGUGUUUUGUUUUUUGCUUUUUUCUCCAGUGAGGGUGUUGUGCUUAAUGCCCCGAGGCCCGAUUUUGGUCUUACAAGUGGGUGUGAAUGGGCAGACAGAAGCCAGGAAGACAAGAGUGUGUUGCCAUUUUCCCUGCUGGCUCUGGAUAGACAGUCGCAGCCCCCAAGGACCAGCUCAGUUCUCAGCUGGCUUCAGGAUCAGAGUGGUGUCAUUGAGGUGGUGAAACAUCCCUCUUGGUCCUCGCCCUCCCCGGUCUGCACGGAGGGCAAAUAGCUACGGGGGAGCUUAAGCUGGGAUUGAUACCAGUGCAAUAUUGUUCAAAGGAGACACCACUACUCAGCGUGGCCUGUACAUGCCCACAUGUACAGAGGUGCUUACACCGUUCAAGCUGUUAAUGAACACGUCCGUGUGCACAUGCCUGGGCUGAAAGAGCAAUAAAUUGAAUGUCUUCUGGGUUACCUUAGACUAAUGCCUGUGCUGAUGAUUUAUACCUGUGCAGCAUUUCACUUCAGAUGACAGAUGGAUUUCUCCAGCAGAAGGAUUCACAGCCUGAGCCUCACAUUGACACCAAGACUCAAUCAGCCCUUCUCCCCAGUUGUGCUGGUCUCCCUGGCGCAAGGCUGAAAGAACCUGGUGCAGCAAGCGUACGGAGACCACUUCUCCCAGGUGAAUGAUGAAUGUAGGACUUGGCUUCUUGUUGCUGCCAGUCUCUUCAUCUGACUGUGAUUGUAAGAGGGAGGAAAAGAUGGAAAGGAAAACUGAGAAAGCUAAUGAACUUGAAAAAUGUAUGUAAGAAAGGAGUGAAAGUAGAGCUGGA